AUGUGCUCUCACUUUCCUUUCCUAACGCAGUCCGAGUUUGAGGACGCAUGUCAAGCUCUCUGCACUUCGGCCUCGAUUCGACUCCUCACAAAGCCAGGGACUGGCCUCAGGAUCACACAAUGUAUUAAUGUACCGAUACCGAUGCAAGCCACAGAUGAUCCAGAGGAGCAGGAAGACGAUCCGGAAGCUCUUGUUCGCAUCAGCCAGCCCAGUUUACAGGUAGAUUAUGACAUCCUGCUAUCCCCCACAUAUCAGGUCCCCGUCUUGUACUUCGGCCUGAGGUGGCACAACCACAGUCCGCUUGGACUCGACGCCGUCUACCAAUAUGUGGUGCCAGAACAGUACAGGCGAGAAUUGAAGAGUGUAGGUGUCAUGGGUGGAAUUAGUAUGGGUGUAGGUGCAAGCUCCAACCUCGUGACAAGAGCUCACGUCUUCGCGCAGUACCAUCCAGACUCUGGCGCCCCGGCAUUUUUUGUCCACCCGUGCAACACGGCCGAUGCCAUGGCGCAUAUUGCAGACCCACAGAGCGUCACUCCUGGGUCAUACCUACUCAUCUGGCUCAGUCUGGUGGGUCAUUGCGUGAACCUGCACGUCCCACGCGAGCUUUUCGCUUGA